GCAAGAAACCAUUUCCAUUUAUGUCAUUCGUUCUUAAACCAGAAACAGGUGGAUUAAUUCAUUGCAUUGCAUGCACAUCACAAGUUUAUCAUAAACUCUCCAUAUCAGAAUUAGCUUCCUUGUAUGAGUUGAAAGAUGGAAAAUGAUGAACUGAGAGCUGCAAGUGCACGCAUAGGGAGCUCCAGCGUGUGGAGAAGCAGUGGUGUUGAUGUGUUUUCAGGGUCUUCAAGAAGAGAAGAGGAUGAACAAGAGCUUAAAUGGGCUGCCAUUGAGAAACUUCCCACGUAUCUACGCAUGACUAGGGGCAUUCUCACCGAGGCUGAAGGCCAACCUCCUACGGAGAUUCAUAUAAACAAACUUGGUCCACUUCAGAGGAAGAACUUGGUGGAGAGGCUUGUCAAGAUUGCAGAACAAGAUAAUGAGAAGUUCUUGUUCAAGUUAAGAGACCGCAUUGAUCGUGUUGGACUUGAAAUUCCCACUAUUGAAGUCCGUUUUGAGCACUUGAAUGUUGAGGCAGAAGCUCAUGUGGGAAGCAGAGCACUACCUACAAUCUUUAACUUCUGCAUUAAUUUGUUGGAGGGGUUCCUCAAUUCUCUUUACCUUAUUCCCAGUCGAAAGAAGCCAUUCACAGUUCUUGAUGAUGUCAGCGGAAUCAUCAAGCCUAAAAGAAUGACACUUCUUUUAGGCCCUCCAAGCUCUGGAAAGACCACAUUAUUGUUGGCACUGGCUGGAAGACUUGGCAAAGAUCUAAAAUCUUCGGGGCGAGUUUUGUAUAAUGGUCGUGGGAUGGAGGAAUUUGUGCCUCAGAGAACAUCGGCUUACAUAAGUCAAACUGAUCUACACAUAGGAGAAAUGACAGUGAGAGAAACAUUGGCCUUUUCAGCAAGGUGUCAAGGGAUUGGAACGCGUUAUGACAUGCUGGCAGAACUGUCAAGAAGAGAGAAGGCUGAAAACAUUAAGCCAGAUCCUGAUCUUGAUAUUUAUAUGAAGGCAGCAGCACUUGAAGGCCAAGAAACCAAUGUGGUUACUGAUUAUAUAAUGAAGAUUUUGGGACUAGAAGUUUGUGCGGAUACCAUGGUAGGGGAUGACAUGAUUCGGGGUAUUUCUGGCGGACAGAAGAAAAGAGUCACAACUGGUGAGAUGCUAGUUGGACCAGCAAGAGCACUUUUCAUGGAUGAAAUUUCAACUGGUUUAGACAGUUCCACCACAUUCCAAAUGGUUAAUUCUCUAAGACAAUCUAUCCACAUUCUGAAUGGAACAGCUGUGAUCUCUCUUCUCCAGCCAGCACCAGAAACUUACGAGUUAUUUGAUGAUAUUAUUCUCCUCUCAGAUGGUCAAAUUGUGUAUCAGGGUCCAAGGGAAAAUGUGCUUGAGUUCUUUGAAUACAUGGGGUUCAAAUGUCCAGAGAGGAAAGGAGUAGCAGAUUUUUUACAAGAAGUAACAUCAAGAAAAGACCAAGAACAAUAUUGGGCAAGUAAAGAUGAGCCAUACAUCUUCGUCACUGUUAGAGAGUUUGCUGAGGCAUUUCAGUCGUUUCACAUUGGUCGAAAGCUUGGUGAUGAACUUGCCACCCCAUUUGACACGUCCAAAGGCCACCCUGCUGUGUUAACAAAGAACAAGUACGGUGUUAGCAAGAAGGAGCUCUUGAAGGCUUGCGUGUCCAGAGAAUUCUUACUUAUGAAAAGGAAUUCGUUUGUCUAUAUUUUCAAGAUGUGGCAAUUAAUUUUAACGGGGUUCAUAACAAUGACACUGUUCCUGAGAACUGAGAUGCACCGGGAUACUGAAACUGAUGGUGGUAUCUUUAUGGGUGCAUUGUUCUUCGUACUAAUUGUGAUUAUGUUCAAUGGAUACUCCGAGCUAUCCAUGUCCAUCAUGAAACUUCCCGUUUUCUAUAAGCAAAGGGACCUUCUCUUUUUUCCUUCUUGGGCAUAUUCUCUGCCUACAUGGAUCCUUAAGAUUCCUAUAACCUUAGUGGAAGUUGGUAUUUGGGUUGUGAUGACUUACUAUGUAAUAGGAUUUGAUCCUAGUAUUGAAAGGUUCAUCAAGCAGUACUUUCUGCUUGUUUGUAUCAACCAGAUGGCAUCUGGACUUUUUCGAUUUAUGGGGGCAGUUGGGAGGAACAUCAUCGUUGCAAACACAGUUGGGUCAUUUGCUUUACUUGCAGUUAUGGUCAUGGGUGGAUUUAUCCUAUCUAGAGUUGAUGUGAAGAGGUGGUGGCUGUGGGGUUACUGGUUCUCGCCCAUGAUGUAUGCACAGAACGCUAUAGCUGUUAAUGAAUUUCUCGGAAAGAGUUGGUUACAUGUACCCCCAAAUUCAACAGAACCAUUAGGAGUGAAGGUGUUGAAGUCAAGAGGGAUAUUCCCUGAAGCAUACUGGUAUUGGAUUGGUGUUGGAGCUUCCAUUGGAUACAUGUUACUGUUCAACUUCCUUUUCCCCUUGGCAUUGCAAUAUCUUGACCCAUUUGACAAACCCCAAGCUUUAAUAUCAGAAGAAGCCUUAGCUGAGAGAAAUGCAGGCAGAAAGGAACACAUCAUUGAAUUAUCGUCUAGAUUCAAAGGCUCUUCUGAUAAAGGGAAUGAAAAUCGCAAAAGUGUGUGCUCCAGAACUCUGUCAGCAAGAGUUGGCAGCAUUGGUGCAAGCAAGCAUAACACAAAGCGAGGGAUGGUUCUUCCUUUCACACCCCUUUCUAUUACUUUUGAUGAAAUCAGAUAUGCGGUGGAGAUGCCACAGGAAAUGAAGAACCAAGGCAUUCUUGAAGAUCGACUUGAACUGUUGAAGGGUGUCAAUGGAGCUUUUAGACCAGGAGUUCUGACAGCUCUGAUGGGUGUAAGUGGGGCUGGUAAAACAACUUUAAUGGACGUGUUAUCUGGAAGGAAAUCAGCAGGUUAUAUUCAAGGGCAAAUCACUAUAUCCGGUUACCCUAAAAAGCAAGAAACUUUUGCUCGCAUUGCAGGAUACUGUGAACAGACCGAUAUCCACUCUCCCCAUGUUACAGUGUAUGAGUCUUUGGUUUAUUCUGCAUGGCUUCGGUUACCACUUGACGUUGAUUCUGCAACUAGAAAGAUGUUCAUUGAGGAAGUUAUGGAGCUGGUAGAGCUGACUUCACUGAGAGAAGCCUUGGUGGGAUUACCAGGAGUGAAUGGCCUAUCCACGGAGCAGCGAAAGAGGUUAACAAUUGCAGUUGAACUUGUUGCCAAUCCAUCUAUUAUAUUCAUGGAUGAACCUACCUCUGGCCUUGAUGCCAGAGCUGCUGCUAUAGUUAUGAGGACAGUGAGGAAUACAGUGGAUACCGGGCGAACCGUGGUCUGCACAAUCCACCAGCCUAGCAUUGAUAUAUUUGAUGCUUUUGAUGAGCUACUUCUGUUGAAGCGUGGAGGUGAGGAAAUAUAUGUGGGGCCUCUAGGCCAACAUUGUUCUCAACUGAUCAGCUACUUUGAGGGAAUUAAUGGGGUGCCAAAGAUUAAGAAUGGUUAUAAUCCUGCCACUUGGAUGUUGGAGGUUACUUCAGAAGCACAAGAAGCAGCUCUUGAAGUUAACUUCACUGAAAUAUACAAGAAUUCUGACCUAUAUAGGAGAAACAAGGCCUUGAUAAGGGAACUUAGCACACCUCCAGCAGGUUCCAAAGACUUGUACUUCCCCACAAAGUACUCACAGACUUUCUUCACUCAAUGCAUGGCUUGCCUUUGGAAACAACACCUAUCAUACUGGAGAAAUCCCCCAUACAGUGCAGUGAGACUUUUAUUCACAACAAUCAUAGCCUUACUGUUUGGGACAAUAUUUUGGGAUAUCGGCUCUAAAAGGCAAAGAAGACAGGAUAUAUUUAAUGCAAUGGGGUCCAUGUAUGCUGCAGUGCUCUUCAUCGGGAUACAAAAUUCUACAUCUGUGCAACCUGUUGUAGCCAUAGAGAGAACAGUCUUCUACAGAGAAAGAGCUGCUGGAAUGUACUCAGCUUUACCAUACGCAUUUGGACAGGUUGCCAUUGAGAUCCCAUACAUACUCAUACAGACCCUCGUGUAUGGGGUGAUAGUGUAUGCUAUGAUUGGGUUUGAUUGGACACUGAGCAAGUUCUUUUGGUAUAUCUUCUUCAUGUUCUUCACCUUUUUAUACUUCACCUUCUAUGGCAUGAUGGCUGUGGGUCUUACGCCGGAUCACAACGUUGCUGCUAUAGUUUCCUUUGGGUUCUACAUGAUAUGGAACCUCUUCUCAGGAUUUGUGAUUCCAAGAACAAGGAUGCCAGUGUGGUGGAGAUGGUACUUUUGGAUCUGUCCUGUGUCUUGGACCUUGUAUGGAUUGGUUACUUCACAAUUUGGUGACAUAAAAGAGCGCAUAGAGAGUGGAGAGAGUGUGGAAGAGUUUGUUAGGAGUUACUUUGGGUAUAGAGAUGACUUUGUAGGUGUAGCUGCUGCUGUGCUUGUUGGGUUUUCACUACUUUUUGGAUUUACCUUUGCCUUCUCAAUCAAGGCAUUCAAUUUCCAAAAGAGAUGAACACUUUACU